GGGGGCGUUCUCGCCUGACAUCCUCAAACAAUACGAGAAAGAGGAGUGCACGAAUCCGCGCGCCCUAAGCUUAGGGGUCCUUCCCUUGUAAUAGUGAGCGUCCGCCAUUCUUAAAAACACACUUUUUUCGAGUGGGGGGCUCUCUCUUCUCCUGCUAGAGUGGGCGAGAGGAGGAUCAAGAUGUAAAUAAAACUCCCACAGCCGCAGCAGAGUUUUUGGAUCAAUCAGGCAGCCGGUGGCUUCUUUUGAUUAAAGCCCAAAUUGUCAUUGGGCAGAGGUAAUCAUGUGACAGGCAAGUCGGUCCAAUUUCAACCUUGUCUCCAUGAAUUCAAUAGUUUAAUAGUAGCUCGGUCCCCACACGGCCGUAAUCAGUGAAAUAGGAAGGGAAAAAACCCAUCACAGGACGUUUUUGGAAUGAUUUUUCCCCUCGUCAUUGAGUUUGGUGGACAAUAACGCGUGCAAACUUUCCUGGGCUCUCAGGGAGAGGAGAUGAAUUACGAAUUCGAGCGAGAGAGCGGAUUUAUCAAUAGUCAGCCUUCGCUUGCUGAGUGCCUGACAUCUUUCCCCCCUGUCGCUGAUUCAUUUCAAAGUUCAUCAAUCAAGAGCUCGACACUGAUUCCUCCUCCCUUCGAGCAGACCAUCCCCAGCCUCAACCCGGGCAGCCAUCCGCGCCACGGCCGGCCGAGACACAGCCCGGACGGAUGCAGCCCACUACCCACAGCGUCGCUGCCUCCGGAGUACCCGUGGAUGCGGGAGAAGAAAGCCUCCAAGAGGAACCACCUGCCCACGUCCACAGCCACCACUUUGUCCAAUGGACCCGUGUGCUUCUCUCCAAAAGGCUCGCCUGAGGUCGCGGAUGGUGGAGGGGGAGUAGUCGGUGGGGGCUCCCGCCGGCUCAGGACCGCGUACACCAACACCCAGCUGCUGGAGCUGGAGAAGGAAUUCCACUUCAACAAGUAUCUGUGCCGACCCAGGAGGGUGGAGAUAGCGGCCCUGCUGGACCUGACCGAGCGGCAGGUCAAAGUUUGGUUCCAGAACCGACGCAUGAAGCACAAACGCCAGACGCAGAGCAAGGAGAACCACAACGGGGACGUGCACGGCAAGGGCCCCGGCGGAGAGGAGGAGGACGGCAUGCACAGCGAGGACGAGGACGAGGGCCCCCAGUACGAGCAAAGCGGGGCCCUGCUGGAGAGAGACACCUUCUCCUUUCACAACAACAAUCUGUCGUCCACGCAGCAGGUCCACAAUAGCAGCUAUGCUCCCGCACCGCUCAACAGCAAUGAGAAAAAUCUAAAACAUUUCCCCAACCCGUCACCCACUGUUCCAGGCUGCGUGUCAACAAUGGGCCCCGGCUCGGCAUCUGGGCCGGACAAUGGCGACAGUCCCCCGGCCCUGGAUGUUUCUAUACACGAUUUCCAACCUUUCUCAUCGGAUUCCUGCCUCCAGCUCUCCGAUGCCGCCUCGCCGAGCUUGUCGGAAUCUUUGGACAGUCCCGUGGACAUUUCUGUAGAUACUUUCUAUUUUUUCUCGGAGUCUUUAACCACGAUCGACCUGCAGAAUCUCAACUAUUAACACCAAACAACCACCACUACUCACAUUUUAUUUGUAUAUUCCUUGACGGUAAGGCUGCCAUUAAAUCACCGAUAAGGGGAUUGUAAUUACCAUAAAUUGUUUUUUUUUUAAUUUUGGAGUGAAGAUUAUGAAGUGUGUAUGUGAUAAAUUCUACAAUAUUCGGCCUGUA